UUUACUGCACUAUAUGCUUCCUAUAAAGAGACCUGUGAAAGGAGUGGUUGUAGAAGAUGGUAGUGAAGGUAUCAACAACAACACGGGUGCAUCGGCGUUGAAGAAGCAUCGGAUCGACACCGGUGUCUCCUCCCGCGGCCAUGAAUCGACGGCUAACAACAAUUCCGUCGCCGCCAACAGCAACAAUAACAGCAGCGGCGACAGUGAAGCCGCACCGACGCCGCAGCCGAUCAUGGCUUUGGGCGAAUCCAAUCAGUCGGACAUUGAUGAGGACUUGCACAGCCGACAGCUGGCGGUGUACGGCCGCGAGACGAUGAGACGGCUUUUUGCUUCCAAUGUCCUUGUCUCGGGGAUGCAAGGUCUUGGUGCAGAGAUUGCAAAAAAUCUCAUUCUUGCUGGGGUCAAAUCUGUUACAUUGCACGAUGAAGGAGUGGUGGAAUUGUGGGAUUUGUCCGGUAAUUUUCUUUUCUCAGAGAACGACGUGGGAAAGAACAGAGCACUUGCUUCUGUUCAGAAGUUGCAGGAACUCAACAAUGCAGUGGUUGUUUCUACCUUAACAACACAGUUAACCAAAGACAAGCUUUCUGAUUUUCAGGCUGUUGUUUUCACGGAUAUAAGUUUUGAGAAUGCGGUUGAGUUCAAUGACUAUUGCCACAAUCAACAGCCUCCUAUUUCCUUCAUCAAGGCUGAAGUGAGAGGUGUUUUUGGUUCUGUGUUUUGUGACUUUGGUCCCAAGUUCACAGUUUUUGAUGUUGAUGGAGAGGAACCGCACACAGGAAUAAUAGCAUCCAUAAGCAAUGACAACCCAGCUCUUGUGUCAUGUGUGGAUGAUGAAAGGCUUGAGUUUCAGGAUGGGGAUCUUGUUGUUUUCUCUGAAGUUCAAGGAAUGGCGGAGCUUAAUGAUGGAAAACCCAGGAAGAUUAAAAGUGCAAGGCCAUAUUCUUUUACUCUUGAGGAGGAUACCACAAAUUUUGGUACCUAUUUGAAAGGCGGUAUUGUCACACAGGUGAAGCCACCCAAGGUAUUGAAUUUUAAGCCAUUGAGGGAAGCACUCAAAGAUCCGGGCGAUUUUCUUUUGAGUGAUUUCUCAAAGUUCGAUCGUCCGCCUCUUCUGCACUUAGCUUUCCUAGCACUGAAUAAAUUUUUAUCUGAAUUGGGCCGCUUACCUGUUGCUGGUUCAGAGGAGGAUGCUCAGAAGCUUAUAUCUCUUGCCAGUAGCAUCAAUGAGAGCUUGGGAGGGACUGUGGCAGAUAUUAACCCAAAGCUUUUGCGGCACUUUGCAUUUGGUGCCAGGGCAGUUCUGAAUCCCAUGGCUGCCAUGUUUGGUGGCAUUGUUGGACAAGAGGUUGUCAAAGCGUGUUCUGGAAAAUUUCAUCCCCUCUUUCAGUUCUUCUAUUUUGAUUCUCUGGAAUCACUACCAAAAGAGCCAUUAGAUCCCAGUGAAUUUACCCCUCUGAAUAGCCGCUAUGAUGCACAAAUUUCAGUGUUUGGCUCUAAGCUCCAGAAGAAGCUGGAGGAUGCUAAAGUGUUUAUGGUAGGAUCUGGUGCACUUGGUUGUGAGUUCUUGAAGAAUCUAGCGCUGAUGGGAGUUUCUUGUGGGAACCAAGGAAAGCUGACCAUCACUGAUGAUGACGUAAUUGAGAAGAGUAACCUCAGUAGACAGUUCCUCUUCCGUGAUUGGAAUAUCGGGCAAGCAAAAUCCACUGUUGCUGCUUCUGCGGCUACAUCAAUAAAUCGUUGUCUCAAUGUUGAGGCUUUGCAAAAUCGUGUGGGACCUGAAACUGAGAAUGUCUUUGAUGAUGCAUUCUGGGAGAAUUUGACAGUUGUUAUCAAUGCGCUGGAUAAUGUGAAUGCGAGGCUAUAUGUUGACCAGAGGUGCUUAUAUUUCCAGAAGCCACUUCUUGAGUCAGGGACUUUAGGUGCUAAAUGCAAUACUCAGAUGGUCAUUCCUCACCUAACAGAAAACUAUGGUGCCUCAAGGGAUCCACCUGAGAAGCAAGCACCGAUGUGCACUGUCCACUCCUUCCCACACAAUAUUGACCACUGUUUGACAUGGGCUCGAUCUGAGUUUGAAGGUUUGCUUGAGAAAACUCCUGCUGAAGCGAAUGCAUUUUUGUCCAACCCUGUUGAAUACACUGCUGCCAUGAGGAAUGCUGGUGAUGCUCAGGCUAGGGAUACUCUAGAACGUGUCAUUGAGUGCCUUGACAGAGAAAAAUGUGAAACAUUCCAGGACUGCAUAACUUGGGCUCGUCUAAGGUUUGAAGAUUACUUUGCUAACCGCAUUAAACAGUUGAUUUAUACAUUUCCUGAAGAUGCUGCAACCAGCACUGGGGCUCCAUUCUGGUCAGCUCCAAAGCGUUUCCCUCAACCUCUUCAGUUCUCUAUUGCUGAUCCCAGUCACCUCCAUUUUGUUAUAGCGGCAUCCAUAUUACGAGCCGAGACAUUUGGUAUCCAAAUCCCUGACUGGGUGAAGCAUCCCAAGAAGUUUGCUGAGGCUGUUGACAAAGUGAUGGUUCCAGAAUUCCAGCCAAAGAAAGAUGCCAAAAUUGUGACUGAUGAGAAGGCUACCACUCUCUCCACUGCUUCUAUUGAUGAUGCAGCAGUUAUAAAUGAACUUAUCAAGAAAUUAGAGAACUGCAGACAGAAUCUGCCUCCAGGGUUCAGGACAAAACCAAUCCAGUUUGAAAAGGAUGAUGAUACCAACUACCACAUGGAUAUGAUAGCUGGGCUUGCCAACAUGAGGGCGAGGAACUACUGCAUUCCUGAGGAUCCGGGUCUUGAUCGUCCUGAUCUGAAAUGGUUAAUAAAAAAGAGAUGA